CAGCAGGUGUUAACAGCUCAGAAGCUCAGUAGGGCAGCCGACGCGCGGAAGGGAGCACGUGCCUCUUCGCGCCACAAGCAACAUGCGGUUCACGGACGACGCGUUCUGGCUGUGCCUGCUGGGCUCGGUGGUGAUGACGGCCACUCUGGAGGUGCCCAACUCUCCGUGUCCAGAUGCCUUCCGCUACCUGCAAGGCGCAGAUGGCUACUGGUCGGGGCUGGUGCGGGUCCCUGCCCCCAGCGGGCUGCCAAUGAAGGUCGUCACAGAGCUCUACCUCAAGGCAGCACUGCCCAGUAAGUUUUCUGGCCGCCUGACGUUGCGCCUUGGGAAGGAUGAGGUGCUGCGUCAAAUGCGGAUGGGCGUGCUCCAGGACAUAGACUACAAGUUGCUGUUUCCGCUGCGCAGCCCAUUACCGGAGGUUAAACGCAUAACGGCCAACAAUGUCAUUGUCUGCGAGGGACCACCAGUUAGAGCAAGCACGCUGACAACCAUAAGGUUGGAGCAUUCACUCUUCCCAGUGGUAGCACCUCUGUCACCUGGCAAGCACCCAGCAACUGGAUCAGGAAGACCACAACAGGGAGGAAUGGACCCUGAGUACCCAGACACUAAUGGACCAUUUUCCGCAGUGAAGCCACCAUCUGAGGACACAGGAGGUUUUGUGCAUCCAAACAACCCAUUCUUUUUCACAAAGCCACCUAGAGCAACUACUGUGCCACCUGCAACACCUCCACCUUGGCAAAACAGAGCUCCUGACACAGGAUCAAUCAGUUGUGGAAGGCCGAUAGUUCCUGUUGAACUUGUCCUGAAUGGAAAUCGUACUUCAAGAGGAGAAUGGCCAUGGAUUGCAGCUAUAUUCACAGUCACAAGCAUUGGACAAGAAUUUGCUUGCAGCGGUAGUCUCUUGAACCGAAGGACUGUCAUCACAGCUGGGCAUUGCAUCAAGUACCGUGAUAAUCCGGCACUCACACCAAAGGAUCUUGUUAUCUACCUCGGAAAGUACGAGGUGCGGCGCUUCGCAGAGCCUUACAGCCAGGUUAGAGAGGUGUCAGAAAUAUAUCUCCAUCCAGACUACAACAGUAACAACUUUGAUGCUGAUAUUGCUAUGAUCAUACUGCGGGAUCCUGUUGAGUACACCCGUUAUGUUCUUCCGAUUUGCCUGUGGAAUCAACAUUCAUCAUUAAACCAUAUAAUUGGUCAAAUUGGAGUGGUUGUUGGUUGGGGCCGGGAUGAACAUGGCAACAGAGUGACUGAUUUUCCACGCAAGACAAAUGUUCCUGUUGUGUCCAGAGAAGACUGCAUAAACAGUCGGAAGGAUUUUGCCCUCAUCACCUCUGAGCGGACAUUCUGUGGAGGAUUUCGGAAUGAUACAGGGCCCUGUUCAGGUGACAGUGGAGGUGGUCUCUUCCUUCCCUCUGAUCCAGGGCGAGGAAGUGAUACACAAUGGUUUCUGCGUGGAAUUGUAAGCCUCUCACUACUUGAUCCCGAAACACAGAGCUGUGACUUGAGGCAAUACAUUGUAUUCACAGAUGUUGCAAAAUUCCAGGACUGGAUUUUGCAAAUAGCACAGAGACUAGGAGAUCAACCAUAACAUAAAUGUGAUUGCCUCUUAUGUUCAGGUGAUCCUGAAAACUAAGAGAAUAUAGUGACUGUUGUAUCUAAACUUAAUUGUAUUUAUUGUAUUUUCAAGAAGACAAAAGCCAUGACUAUGGUUACAUACUGUGCUGUGAAAACUGAUGACACACAUUAGUGAUUAUGGCUGAUGUGUUCAGCACUGUAUAUGUUCCAGGAAGAAUAUGAUCUCAGUAGCAAUUUGAAAGAAAGUGUGUGUGCCGUACAAAGAAGUAUGUGUGCCAUACAAAGUACAAAAGUUGAUGGAAGCUAUAGAUAGUGCUUUGCCAUACAUGUUAAUAAACUGAAACCAACCUGUAAUUCUAUUAUGGUUACUAAAUGUGCAUUUGAUUUGCUGUAGAAGAAAAUCAGUUUUUUUGAGCCUCUAGUUGCUAAACCUUACUAUGGCCUCUAUGUAAGAUUCUCCAGAACAUUGAACUCAGGAUGUAAUUUGUAGAUUUUUAAAAAUUAAAACCUCAUGAAAUUA